AUGCUGCUGCUUUUCAUCGCGGUGCAGAUCGCGGCUGCGACAGCCUCGUGCGUCGGAAACUCGUCCUUGUCAUGCCUUCAGCAGAAAAUCGUCAACGCAGCCGAAAGGAUCAAUUCAAUACCAGAGAUACCCAUAACGAGUUGGAUGAGCUUGGUGCCAAACAGAAAUAAAACUCUUCCGACGAUUUUCCCCUUGCCGGAAGCCAGGCUGAAAAAAGACGGGAUCUGGUUCCUUCUAGGGAGAGCGUUGGACGAUUUUCUCGACACGAGGAUUGUCAAAUUUUCACUGCCCGAAUGGGCGGACGCAUCCGGCCAAUCUGUCAACGUCGAUCUAGGACGAGCGCUCACAGCAGCCACCGGCAGGAAGAGGAUCGGCGGAAAGAAAGGGAACGGGAUGGGCAUGCUUAUGAUGGGCAUGAUGGGAAAAAUGGCCCUGAUGUCGUUGGGCAUGAUCAAACUAAAAGCCGUGAAGGCUCUAAUGAUCGGCGCUAUUGCUCUUCUCCUGUCAAAAAUACAACUUUUUAAGAUGCUCGCUUCUAAAAAAGGCGACGCACGGCUGACACCUUUCAACAUGAGCGCUUAA